CACAGGCAAUAUGGUGCUCGCGUCGCGAUAUGAAACUGCUUUGGUCUUAUCUCGGCGUGCUGGUCGACCUGCGCGUAUAAAGGUCGGAAAAAAACAAGGAAAGCGUUCAUCACCGGUCUACUGGGUUGUCAACUGUAGCCAUGUUCUCCCUCUCCGUUCGCUCCUUCUUGUACUCCCUGUGCAUCUCUGCGGUCGCUGUAUCAGCCGCCCCGGGUCUUUCUCUCUCACUUUCCGGUGCCGACUCUGUGGUUGAUGUCGAGAACUUCAAUGUGGCCGCAACUCUCACUAACACUGGUGAUACGACAAUGAAGAUCCUUAACGACCCUUCCAGUAUCUUGUCGACAUUCGCCACCCACACAUUCGCCAUCAGCAGCGAUAACGGAUCCCCCGCUUUUACUGGAGUCAAGGUUAAAUAUGAUCCCAACUACGUCGCGAAGAAGAACGCGGAUUCUUCCUUUACGGUCCUUGCACCUGGCGAAUCCGUCACCGUUAACCAUGCCUUGGGCUCUGCCUACAACUUCACUGGCUCUGGCGAAGCUGCAUACAACAUCGAGCCUUCCAGUUUCUUCUAUUAUGUUGAUCCUGACACCAAUGAGCUCGCCAGCAUCAAUGCUGACACGCAACAGCACACCGCUAAGAUCAGCGGCACGCUUGCAGUCGCUCGCCGCUCCAACCUCGACAAGAGGAUCAGCUACAAUGGCUGUUCCUCCUCUAGGCAGACCACUCUUGUUUCGGCUGCUGCUGCUGCCCAGACCUACGCCCAGAAUUCCUAUGACUACCUCUCGUCGAACACUGCUAGCACCACUCGAUAUGUCACCUGGUUCGGAACUUACACCAGCUCUCGCCACUCUACCGUCCUCUCGCACUAUUCCAACAUGCUUGACCACCCUUACGCUAACUACGAAUACGACUGUACUUGUACCGAGUCCGAUGUCUACGCCUACGUUUACCCCUCCGAGUUCGGAACUAUCUAUCUCUGCGCCGUCUUCUGGGAGACCACCACUACUGGCACCGACUCCAGGGGUGGAACUUUGAUCCAUGAGUCCUCUCAUUUCACGAUCAUCGGCAGUACUGACGACUACGUCUACGGUCAGAGUGCAGCGAAGUCCCUCGCUUCGAGCAACCCCAGCGAAGCCAUCGAGAACGCUGAUAACCACGAAUAUUUCGCAGAGAACAACCCUUCGCAAUCUUAAAUGUAUCUUUAAAUGCUAGUAGUGGCUACUACUCAGUCGGAAUGAAACUUUCUUUUGUGCUUUUCUCCUUCGUUCUUCCUGUCGAAACAGUGCAAAACCAUGGAAAGUUAUUACAUUUUGAAACUCAUCUAUUUCGCAAUAGUGUUGCGGUGGUGUUUCAAAAUAGGACCGAUUACUUACAUGUAAGUGCAAUGUAAGCCCUACUUUCUGUUCCGAACUCGG